GUUGGUCGUUUGUUUGACUUGUCUAGCAAGAAACUGCUGAGAAAGAGGAAAAAAUCCAGUUUGAAAACCAGUAUGAAAUGGCCAGAAGGGAAGCCAUGGAACGGAUGACCCGCGCAGAAGAGAAGAGACGGUGGGAGGACAGGCAGCAGGCGGAGGCUCUGCGCCAGCAGAUGGAAGAGCUCAGGCUGAAGGAGAUGGAGGCAACAAAGCUGAAGAAAGAACAAGAGAACUUGCUGAGGCGCCAGCGGGAGCUGGGCUUCCUGGAGGAAGAGAGGAGGGACAUGGAGGAGCGCAGGAGGAAAGCGGAGCUGGGACGCUUUUUGAGACACCAGUACAACGCUCAGCUGAACAGACACGCCCAGCAGAUCCAAGAGGAGCUGGAGGCGGACAGACGGAUCCUCUCGGCCCUUCUGGAGAAGGAAGAUGAGGACCAGCGGCGGGACUCGGCCCGGCGGGAGCAGGCGGCCGCGGAUGCUGCGUGGAUGAAACAAGUCAUCGAGGACCAGCUGGAGGUGGAGAGGGAGCGAGAAGCGGAGCUGCAGCUGCUGUACAGGGAAGAGGCCAAGCAGAUGUGGGAGAAGAGAGAGGCCGAGUGGGAGAGAGAGAGGCAGGCUCGAGACCGACUGAUGAAAGAGGUUCUCACAGAGAGACAGCAUCAGCUCCAAGAAAAGAUUGAACGAAAUCGGCAUGCGCAGAAGGAAGCCUUGAAGUACCGCGAGCAGCUGAUUCGAGGCCUGGAGGAGGCGAGGGAAGAGACCCGGAGAGGAAGAGCGGAAGAGGUGGAGGUGAAGACAAUUUGGAGACGGGACCUGGAGGCUCAGAUCGCAGAGCGCCAUCUCCAAGACCAGGAAGAACUCGAGCAACAGAGAAAGGAGGAGGAGGAGGCGAGGCUGGAGGACCAGUUACUGGAGGAACUCGUUGAUCAGGAGGCGCGCCUGAUGAGCGAGCGCGGCUUUCAGUCCAAGCCAUACGGUCGUCCCAGAAUUGCCUGGAACUGAACCUGAACGCCCAGCAAGCGCUAGGACCGAGGGUGCUGAGGCGUAGGUUGUCGUGCUAAUAAACCUGAUCACGUGUUCCGGGGAUUAAAAAUCAACGUUAUGUUAUGCUCACCAUUUGGAAAGGGUCACGUGUGAAUUAAAUGGUAGAGGAAGGGGCCAGACUGAGAGGGGCUGGGAACAUGUGCAUGUAGGCUAAGGUUGUAAAAGUGUAAUGAAAUGUAGGUAAACAUUUAGAAUGUUUUCAGAUAACUUUCUAUGGAAACUAACUUUAUUUAUAAAUAGCAAAAAGUUCUAAAGUUCCUAAUUAUUAAAUGUUGGGAGUUUGACUUUUCAGGAAGAAUUUCCUUGUAAACUCUUAAGACAUAACACACAAGACAGGAUGUGUCUUUCUUGUUGUCUCAUGCUCAAUUUCAAAUCCCCCAAGGUUACUAGUAAAUGUAAUGUUUAGUGAUAUGGCCAGCUAAUUGUUUAAAUAUAAUUAAGGCACUUAUUUAUUGGAGAUAUUUUUUAAUAAAUUUUUUUUAAAUGAG